CAAAAUUAUCAGAAACCAAAGCAAAAUUUUUCGUGAGUCCUCCAAUAAUAAUAAACCAACCCCAGCUUAAAAAUGGUGAUGGAUCAAUUUGUAACAACCUACAGAAAAGACUACUUAUGGCCUUACGUGCGGACUUUGGGCGUCAGGCCCUACAACGAGCCCAAAGAUCGACUUACGCCCUGCGAAUGCCGCGGUCUCAGCGACUCCAAAAGGUACGCCGAUCCCGUGGCACAGAUGCUGGGACCUCACGCCUACGAAGGCGAAUCCUGGAGCCGACUGGGACCGAUGGGUCCUUUGCUGGAUCCUAAAGUUUAUCCGGCGAAAAUGUCGGCGGCACCCGAAAGUCAACUUAGUCGGUACGACCAACCGAAUGUAUUCUUGGCAAAGCUUCAAGAAAAAUAUCCGUUUAUCUACGAAUGUUUACGCACAGCGCCUCCAGACGAUAUCCUAGCCAGAAUCAAUCGCGAUCGAUUGAGGACAACUUACCAAGUAGACUAUUGCAAAAUGAACGAAUAUCCGUCGGCUCCUUACGACGAAAUACUAAGGGCGGCAGGGGUGGACGGUUUGCCCCUUUGUCAGCAAUCAGUCAAUUUGCCUGGCGACUCUUGUCCAAUUUAUUCGACGUCCAGAAUGAGCACUCCCAAUAAGGGCGGACAACCGUGCGGAUCGAUUUAUAAAUCGAAAGAGGCUGCCUAUUGCGUGGGCAGUUGUAGAGGACCAUUUACAACGAUGACGUCGGGCGCCACAGAAUACCAAGACGCAAUAUCUCGUCUAGGCCAACUUAUCAUUAGAGACAAAAUUCACGAUCCAACUGUUAAACGAAGCAUAUUUGCCAAAUAUUAAUUUAUUAUUAUAGGAGCUACUCUCUUCAUUAAAUUCAUUAUUGUAGAAGAAAUCCCGCACGGUUCACCAAUGGAAAUGAUACGGGCGGCGACCAAUGACGUGGCACCUUCGUGUCCACCUAAAAUGCUCACUUGCGGACACCCUUGCAAACCCGUACCGAGAAAUAAGGCUUUGAGGGUUAGUACUAUUACUAAGCACUUUUUGGAAACCAGUAUGGCUGCUAGAGGAUACAGAACAUCUUGCCAGAAAGAACCAAAAGAUUCGAUUAGCUUCAGAGAACCGGCCAAGCCUUCAACCACUUAUCAAGACACCAUUGGGAAAUCGGGAAAUUUAAUUUUAAUAGUGAAACUUUAAUAAACUGGUUUUAAUCAAUUAGGAUUUUCAUCUAUUUAUGGGUAUUGAGUAUUCAAACUAGGUGGUAUCAUCCAAUUGUUUCUUAUUAUUAUUUUUUUUUUUUAAAUAAAUACCAAACAAAAAAAUUAUAUAUACAACUAGAAAAAAAAAUGCAAUCUUAUGUAAAUUUCCAAAAAAAAAAACUUACACAGUGGUGUAUUGAGAGAAAACGCUAUAAAUUAUGUAAAAAUUUGAGUACCUACACCACCCCUCUCUCAAACUAGUACCAGUUCAUAUAGGAAUGAUGUUUUUUUGUCCCUAACUUCAGGGACACGAAAUUGUAAUUAAAAUAAAUAUUAUGGCAUAUUCACUAGCUGGAGUAGAUGUGGCGCAGAUCCGGUACGAUAUCAGGCCUGUCCUUUAUAGACACGGCCAUCUGAGGCAAAUUGUUAAUUUUUACUUCUUUUUUGAACAGUUGAC